AUGAAGUCCGUAUUUAUCGUCCCGGCCUUGCUGGCUGUCCUCGCUUCCGCGGCUCCAUCAGAGGAGCUCACAAAGCGUUAUGCCACGUCGGAGCCCACGGUGUAUCUGGCCGGUGACUCGACCAUGGCCAAGGCACGCAGUAGCUCCCCCACUACAGGCUGGGGCCAAUUCUUCUCCAAAUACCUAGAGGGCAUCGAGGUCGUGAACAGGGCCAUCGGGGGCCGCUCCGCCCGGUCGUUCACCAGGGAGGGCCGAUUCGACGAGAUACUCAAGGUGGUCAAGCCCGGUGACUUUGUCAUCAUCUCCUUCGGCCACAACGACGUGGGCUCGCCCCGGAAAAACGACAACGGGCGAUCGGCCUGCGGCGGCUCCGGCGACGAGACGUGUAUCUCGGACAAGGAUGGUGAGGUCGUCCAGACCUACCCGACCUACAUGCGAGAGGCGGGCAAGAAGAUGAUCGAUGCGGGCGCGAGGGUCAUCAUCUCCUCGCCCACGCCCAAGAACAUCUGCCAGUCCGGCAAGUGCGAGUACACGCCGACCCGCUUCACCGACCUGAGCAAGCAGGUCGUGGAGAGCCUCGGGGAGGCCGCCAGCUUCAUCGACCACGGCCAGUACGUGGCCAACGAGUUCAUGCGCCUGGGGAAGGAGAAGGUCGACGUGUUCUACCCCGUCGACUACACUCACCCGAGCCCAGACGGCAGCAAACUCAUCGCCGAGCUGUACGUCAAGGCGGUGCUGUGCUCCAAGGGCGUCAUGGCGCCGUUCGUCAGCGUCGACGAGUCGAGCCUUCCCGGCGAGUGUAUCUAA